CUUAUUAAAAUUUUAACUUCAUAGUACUAUAGAGCUAGCUAGCUCAUGGGCUCUUGGGUGCGCACCAUCGCCUUUCCGUUCCGAAAAGCUCGCGCUAUAUUCAGCCAUCCGAGAGAGAAGAAGUCGCAAACCGCGGUGCACGAUCACCAAAGGUUGAAGCUUCAUGGCGAGGUGAUGGCGUGCUCGUACGAGGAUGUCCAUGUGCUGUGGUCCAUCCUUGAUAAAUCGAGGCUCCUAGAUCAGAAAUCAAGCUCGUGAGGUGGCGUGCGUGACGGACACCCCGAUCGAAUUAAGCUAUAUAUUUUUCUCUUUUUUUUUUUUUCUGUUUUCCCUUUUUAAAAAAAAAAAAAUUUCCUCGUGAGCAUAGCAUGUACAUGUUGAUGUAAAUAUGCCCAUUUAUGCUAGUUGUAAGUUUUUUGUCUCA